AUGAAAGAAAAAGAAAAAAUGUACUUGCUUUACAUGCUAACUUUAAAUAUUGUUAGUGGGGUAAUUAAUGCCUGCCAAACAUGUAAUCAACCGUUAGCUAGUUUUAGUCAGGAAUAUAUUCCUUAUUCGAGCUUGGACAUUGGUCUUUCGAAUGAUAAAAAUAUCUCAAUAGACUCUCAAGAAUCGACAUUAUUUGAUGAAAUUCAAUCAAAUAACAUAAAUCUACAAUCUGGUUAUAAUGAAUUAGAUAAUUCUAUGAACCUAUUUACUGAAGAAUUGAAGACUAGCAUAGCAAACAAUGUACCAUCACAGUUUUCGAAUCAAUAUUCCGGGAUUGCAUAUUCUAUGGAAAUGUUAGCCAGUAGUCCUCUUAAUGAAAAUACGUUAGAUCCAGCAGAAAGUUCUUUUGUGGAUUUAUGGUCUACUGAAAAUUUUGAUGCGAGUUCCGGAUUUGAGCUAGUUCAUACAAUUGUAACGACACUAUUUGAUGAUCAACAAACUGUAAGUAUCGAAUCUAAGCAUCAAACAGUUACUGCAACACCCACGACAGAAUCAUUUAUUCCUGAAUUUACGAUCAGUGAUAAAGAUUCUGGUUCAAACCAAUUAGAAGUAACUUCGUAUCCUUAUAAUACAUGGGAUUCCAUUGAUGUUUAUAAUACUCUGUACAUCACAUCUGAAUUACUAUUAGUAAAAUCAACAGAACCAUCCUCAUCCACGCUUAAUUCUGAGUAUCUCAUUUUGGAAUCAAUGAGCACUGAUGAUUUAAUUAUUACUAGCACUAGUUCAUCCCAGCUUGAUGAGAUAGACGAAUCAGGAAUAAUAAAUUUUAACAGCCAUACAACAUCUAUGGUGAUAUUUACAUAUUCAGUAGAUAUAUAUUCUUAUUCUCCAUCUCAUAAAACGCAAAUGCUAUCGAAUAAAACGGUAUCCAAGAACCCGGAUAGUUCUUUAUUCGAAGUGACAUCGAUUUCAAAUCAAUUUUCAGGUUUCAGCGGCAAUUCUAUUACUCCGUCAACUUAUUUACAAAAUACGCUCUCGACACUAGGACUGGCUUCUAGUAGUAGCUACCUAUCGGCUGUUGAAAUUUCUGAGAUUUCUUAUUUACAAUCAAGUCCGCCGGAUAGCUCUUUGGAAUUACUUGAUACUCAAAAAACUGCAAUUUAUCCUGAAUUCAGUACUUCUAACGAAAUGAUGAGCUCUUCUAAUUAUCUAUUUACUUCUUGUUUAUCGAGAUGCGAUAGCCUCAGUUACACAACAUCAAUUUCAAGCUAUUCCAUAAAUUCAAUCAAAGAGAUUUCCUUCCAGCUAGAAUCUGCAAUAACUAGCAGCUAUGAAAGUUCUUGCUAUCCAUCCUGCACGCUAAGUCAGAGUCUGCAGCUGGAAGUUACUGAGUCGAGUACAUCGACUCUAAAUAUUAAACCAACUUCACCGUUAGCUAAUGUAACAUCAACCAUUAAUGCCAUGUAUCCCAUUGUAAUACAAAAUAUAGGAGCAUUAAACGCGAUAGAAGGAAUAGUAUUUAAUUUUAAAUUGCCAAGUAAUUCUUUUUAUGAUGUUACUGAUGGCUUUACACCCAAUCUAAAUAUUCAUAUGAUACAUAGCAACGGUAAUAAUAUCUCUGCUCAUUCAUGGAUACAAUUUAAUGCAAAUAGUCAAGCCCUAUAUGGCCUACCGUUGCAAGCUUCUGUUGGAAGUCAUUAUUACAAUUUCACUAUCACAAAUACGAAAGGUUUUACACUCCUCUAUCCUAUUACGAUUAAUGUAAGAAAGAUGUAUAUAAAUGCAACUAUCAAAGAUUAUUCUAGAUUUAUAUUAGCUAUUGAUAAGCCUUUACAGCUAUUUGCAAACGUUAGUAAAAGAAUUGAUUUAAUUUCGAGAAUUGCGUCUUAUUUUGGUGACUCAAAUACAAGUUAUAUUACAACUUUGUCGCUUACUAAUGGUUCGACAAUUAUAACAUGGACUAAUGCAACCAAUCCUCCCAAAUUAUGCAGCUCUUCUUUAUUUGAGAGGUUGACAACGUUGCUUGUCGAUGCAAAUGGCAAGGCAAUCAAUAAAUUUGUUGUAGCAAUGUUGCCUGAAUAUCCUAUUAUAUCAGUAGUAAGAGAGUUAUCGCAAUCAUGCAAUCAAAAUUCUAAUUCUUCACCAUCUAUCUUAACAAUUGUUUUAGUUCCAACGAGUAUAUUACUACUAAUCAUAAUUAUUAUCACUCUAAUAAUUGUUAUGCGUAAAAGAUAUGGAACCAAAGAGCCUGAUUUGGAGUUGCAUACAUUUUACAAGUCUCGUAAGCCAAUGGUUAUGGUUAAAGAAUUAGAACCACCAAUGCCUAUAGCACUAUCGCCUGAAAGCGACGUUAAAGAUGCUAUUAUAAUACCUGAAAAAUCUUAUGUAAAUGAAUUCGAUAAGAAAGAACCUAGUUUAUCGAGUUCUGGCGGUAGCUCUUUGUCGCUUGAUAGUUUGGGAACGACAUCAUUUUGCCCCAAAGAACACGAGAAAGAGCUAGAAUCACUAUUUAGUGAUGCUAAUAGAACUCGAGAUAUAUCAUCUCCAGAUAGCUACCAUUCCUUUUUGCAACAAAGUAUGUCAUUGUCUUGUUCGUUAGAUCGAAGUAAAGAUUAUGAUGACGAAUUUUGCUUAGAUUCUCCGUCGUUGACCUCAGGUUAUAGUACUAAUAGAGAUGAAGAAAUGACUGAAUAUAAUACAUAG